ACAGCCUCAUUGUUGCUGCCGCUGCCCCUGCUGCGGCUGUGUGGUCUGUCAGCAGCUGGAAAGAACUGCAAGGGUUUAGAGGAACUGCAGGUCUGAAGACUGAGCGCUGCUAAAUGGUAUCCCCGUCAACAAAGUAGACGAGACCCCCUGCAGGGUUGGAAACUUGGACUUAUUACUGCUUCAUCCACCUGGAGAAAGCAGGCAGCGCCACAGAGGAAAAGGGGGAGAGAACCACUGAGAUAAAGGCAGAACACCAGGAAGAGGAUGUUUUGAGAAGUGUUUCAGAGAAACUUCAAGUCACUAAAGAUGGAAAACGAGACAGUAAGUGAACUGAACCAAACACAGCUUCAACCCAGAGCAGUGGUGGCCCUAGAAUACCAAGUGGUCACCAUCUUCCUUGUGCUCGUUAUUUGUGGUUUGGGCAUCGUGGGCAACAUCAUGGUGGUCCUGGUGGUCACGAGAACCAAGCACAUGAGGACCCCCACAAACUGCUACCUGGUGAGUCUGGCAGUAGCUGAUCUCAUGGUCCUGGUGGCUGCUGGCCUCCCCAACAUAACAGACAGUAUCUAUGGGUCCUGGGUCUACGGCUAUGUGGGAUGCCUCUGCAUCACUUACCUCCAGUACUUGGGCAUUAAUGCCUCCUCUUGUUCCAUCACAGCCUUUACCAUUGAGAGGUACAUAGCAAUCUGUCACCCCAUCAAAGCCCAGUUUCUCUGCACAUUUUCCAGAGCCAAAAAGAUCAUCAUCUUUGUCUGGGCUUUCACAUCGAUUUACUGUAUGCUCUGGUUCUUCUUGCUGGAUCUCAAUAUUAGCACCUACAAAGAUGCUAUUGUGGUGUCCUGUGGCUACAAGAUCUCCAGGAAUUACUACUCACCUAUUUACCUAAUGGACUUUGGUGUCUUUUAUGUUGUGCCGAUGAUACUGGCCACCGUCCUCUAUGGAUUCAUAGCUAGGAUCCUCUUCUUAAAUCCCAUUCCUUCAGAUCCUAAAGAAAACUCUAAGACAUGGAAAAAUGACUCAACCCACCAGAGCAAGAAUAUGAAUUCAAAGACCUCUAAUAGAUGUUUCAACAGCACAGUAUCUUCAAGGAAGCAGGUCACCAAGAUGCUGGCAGUGGUUGUAAUUCUGUUUGCCCUUUUAUGGAUGCCCUACAGGACUCUUGUCGUUGUCAACUCGUUUCUCUCCAGCCCUUUCCAAGAAAAUUGGUUCUUGCUCUUUUGCAGAAUUUGCAUUUAUCUCAACAGUGCCAUCAACCCAGUGAUUUAUAAUCUCAUGUCCCAGAAAUUCCGUGCAGCCUUCAGAAAGCUCUGCAACUGCAAGCAGAAGCCAGUGGAGAAACCCGCUAACUACAGUGUGGCCCUAAAUUACAGUGUCAUCAAGGAGUCAGAUCAUUUCAGCACAGAGCUUGAUGAUAUCACUGUCACUGACACUUACUUGUCUGCCACAAAAGUGUCUUUUGAUGAUACCUGCUUGGCUUCUGAAAUAACCUUUAAUCAAAGCUGAUUCAUGAAUAAGAAGAAAAUGGACCACAAAGUAAAUGAGAAUCUGUGCCGUUAUCAGCCCAAGAGGAAACAGCCAAUACUUGUACGUGAAGACAGAGCAGAUAAAGUCUUUGCCAACGUUCUAAUAAAUCCUGGCCCAAGAUACUUUAACACAUGAUUCAUAUUUUCCUUCUAGUAUCACAAAAAUGUUUCACAAAAAAAUGAAGCAGAUUUGUGAAAGAGCCAAAUGGUAGAAACUGACAGUGAAGCUCUUUCCAUUUAAUUUGAGAAACUCACUAUAUUUCCUGGGGCUGCGAAGUUUAGAUAAAAUCUAGACAUCGAUUUAACAUUAUUCAUAAUAAAUGUAAUUUCUCAAACUCCCCCAAAUUACUUGUCCAUUUGGUAAUUUGCAACAUGUAAGUGUUUAAAUGUUUGCAUUUAACAUUUCAUUUUAACAAAGUACAGUGCUAUUUCAUGCAUCUCUGAAACUACAGGGGAAAAUAGAAAAAAAUUGUUUAUUGAGUAAAAAUGAGAUUUCAGACAAAUAUGUUCACUAUAUGAAAAACAAAAACAAAUGUCAUAAUGCUUAUAAAAUUCUGAGAUGAUUUUUUUUAAUUCAAGUACAGCUGGCACACAGUGUUACAUUAGUUUCAGGUGUAAAACAUAGUGAUUUGACAGCUGGAUAUGUUAUGCUGUGCUCACCAGAAACGUAGCUACCAUCUGUCCCCGUACAACACUAUUACAAUAGUAUCGACUAUCUUCCCUAUGCUGCACCUUUCAUCCCCUGGAAGAUUCUUAUGUCUUAUAAAGUAGAUGUCAUCAUUCAACUUUAAUGGAAAAUAAACCUCAAUAUAGCUGGAAUUACAAGUUGGGAAGACAUGUAGAUUUCAUUUUUAGAUGAAUCCGACUCUGAACCAACUCUUUGAACCUCCUAAAUGAUGGGUGAGACAGGAGAAAUCUAUUAAAUAACUAUGAAGAUACAAACUAAUGUGUGAGUAAUAUUGAAAUGCAGAGACAGGACAAGAGUGAGUAUUUAAAAUAAGGUUUUACUCUUUCUCUAAAAUUUUUAAGGAAGAAAAUCCUUUUUGAGCAUUCUUUGUGUAUAAACUACUGAGCCAUGUCAAGCGAAUCCUUCUAGUCAAUCUAGCUUAAAAAGUUUGAAGCAUGCUCAAGAGCUUUGUUGCUGUUAUAAGUCAGCCAGAGUCUGACUAUUACACUUCCAGAUGAAGACUCCCCACAGAGCAUUGUAGUCUAUGGACUUUUAAUUUGUCUGCAACCACCUUUCCUUCCCACCUGCUUGUCAUUUGUAGAUUUGGAAGGUUGUUGUUGUUGUUGUUGUUGUUGUUUUUAUGCUAGUGAUAUUUUGUUUACAGAUUUUAAGUCAAAACAAUGCAAAAGUCUGUUGGCUUUACUUUCAAUAGAGCUAAAACUGAUUUCAUCUCAUUAUUGAUAUCUUUUUCUAGGUAUGACUUAGACCUGCUAUUCUAUUCCUGUGAUUAUGAGAGAGGUAUGAAUGUGAAUCUGUCCAAGACAUAGUGUCAAGAUCCUACUUUAAUUCCUUCCAGAUGACUCACCUACUGGUAUUUGGUCAAUCAGCAUCUCCAAGUGUAUCUCCUUGGUGAUGGUUCAGUAAUAUUUCAUUUUUGAUGACACAGUCAAAAAGUCCUGGGUGCCCCAUAGACUGGCAUCUUCCUCGCUCCAGCCAAUAUUCCUAUUUCAUGGAUUUUUUUGAGACCUAAUUGCUAAUGACAAUGACCCCUCCCCACCUUCUUUAUGAAGAAUACAUCAUUUCUCUGUUGGAAACUUCAGUUUUAAAAUGCUGCUACAUGGAGACUCUGCUAUCUAGAGCAUCAGAGCAGAAUAUGCUUUUGAGAAAACUGGCCUCAUCUCCUCCAGGAAGACAUUCUUAUCCUGUCCCUGUAUGAGUAAGCAAAUGCAAGCAAAUAUCUAUAGGAAAUACACUAAAAGUCUAUCUGUAUGAUACCAAGAAAUCUAUUUUAACUGACUUUUCAUCCUGGACUAAAUAUUAAGCUUAGAAUCAUAUGAAUAGAAGCACCAGAGUGACCCAACCCCAAAUCACACAGGCACAUGUGCAGAUGCAUACAAACUCAUACUCACGUGUGCAUAAAUUGCUUAACAGAAGGCAUUGGAAUAUAUUAGCUUUUUUCAUUAGGGAAAGGAGCUGAUAUCAUUGAGCAUCUACUGAGCAUGUCUCAGGCUUGCUGGUAGAUACUUAAAUCACAUUAUCUUCAUCACAGUCUCACUAUAGCUGUGAUUUAUUUCUCUGAUGCUAAAACCAAGGAUCAGGGAUUGAUACAGCUUCUCUAAAUUGUGUAGAUACUGAAAAUGAAAAAUGUGUUUCUUUUUUGUUUCUCUUUUUUCAAUCCAGCAUGUUAAUAGCAGCUUGUGAACUG